AUUAAUUAAAAAUGUCAACACCGAACAAAAAGAUGAGGAUGAACUGGGAAGUUCCAGCUUCCCGGAUGUCACACCAGACGUUCAAUCCGAUUCGUAACAUUGUAGACACAAUGCAGCUUACUCCGAAUCCAGAUAAAGAAAUGAUAGCUCUAUCUAUUGGAGAUCCAACUGUUUUUAACAAUUUGCCAAUUCCGGAGCAUAUUAACAACUGUAUAAUCGACAAGAUACAGGGUCAGAAACACAACGGCUACAACCCUUCUAUAGGUUAUGAAGAGUCCAGAGAAGCAGUGGCUAAAUACUCCACGAUACCAGACAGACAACUCACAGCUAAGGAUGUGAUAUUGACUGGUGGUUGCUCUAUGGCCCUUGAUCUGUGCAUCUGUGUACUGGCUAACCCAGGGCAGAAUAUCAUUGUACCGCAGCCGGGGUUCUCCAUCUAUAAAACUCUGGCCGAGUCCCACGGCAUUAACGUCAAGCACUACAAUCUACUGCCAGAGAAAAACUGGGAAGUUGAUCUGGAUCAUCUGGAGUCCCUGAUAGAUGACAAAACAGCGACAAUUGUCAUUAAUAAUCCAUCCAAUCCUUGUGGUUCCGUGUUCAGUCGCAACCACCUGCUUUCAAUUUUGGACCUUGCUAAAAAACACAAAGUUCCCAUCAUUGCUGAUGAAAUAUAUGAACAUUUUGUGUUUUCUGGGAAUCAGUAUCACUCCCUGGGAUCUCUGUCAGAUGACGUUCCCAUUCUGUCAUGUAGUGGGCUCACUAAAAGAUUUCUAGUCCCUGGCUGGAGGCUUGGUUGGAUUGUUAUCCAUGAUCGCCAUGACGCGUUUAAGGACGUGCGGCCAGGACUAGUCAGACUGACUCAGCGACUACUUGGUCCUAAUUCCAUCGUACAAGCCGCUCUUCCAGAAAUCUUGACAGGCACGCCACAGCAUUUCUUUGAAGAUACUUUAAAGUAUGUGGAAGAGAAUGCUAGGAAUUUCUACAACAGGAUCUCUAAAAUUCCAGGUCUGAAGCCUGUGGAACCUCAGGGUGCCAUGUAUAUGAUGAUUGGCAUUGACACAGAGCAUUUCCCAGGAAUUAAAGAUGAUGUAGAUUUCACUGAGAAGUUGGUCAAAGAACAAAGUGUUUUCUGCCUGCCUGCUAAGUGUUUCCAGUUUCCAGACUUUUUCCGGAUAGUUCUAACAAUUCCCAAAUCUAAAGUAUCCAUGGCCUGUGACAGAAUUGAGGAAUUCUGUAGAGAUCAUUACAGCCAGAAAAAAGUCCAAGGCAAGACCGUGACUAAUGGCACUGCCUGUAAUUAGACUGACCCAUGACCAGUGGCAAUGCCUGUAAAUAGACUGACCCAUGGCCAGUGGCAAUUAAUGCCUGUAAAUAGACUAUCCGAUGACCAAUUUCUGGAUGACAUCUGACUUGACUUACUUUAGGCUGCAUUAUGGUUCAGAAUACCAUGAUACUCCUUAUAGGACCAAUAACUUAUUCCACAGCUUUACAGAACUUUUGAAAAGUUAAGAUAUUGUUUUCAAAGCUUAUGUUUUUCAUGAUGAUUUAAUCAAGAUAAUUUUCUAAGAAACAUAUCAGAGUGUCUCAGUAUAACGUACAGGUAACUCUUGAUGGCUUGAACUUCCAUCUGAAGUGAAUCUCCAGUCCCGAUUUAUUUCCCUAUAUAACUAAGCAAAUUUACUCUUGAACUCUAUCUCUCAAACCCUUGAUCCCUCAUAGUCAAAAUGCCGUCCUGCUGUGCAUAAUCUAUUGCAAUUCACCCUUUACCUGGGCAUUUAAAUGGCUUCAGGCAUUAGACAUGUGACCCAAGAAACGGAUGUUUAUUAUUCUGUGACACUUGUAUCGCAAGGUGAUAAUUGAUCAUAUUGUUGCCUGUCUGCCCCUAAAAUAAUUAAGAUAAACUGUCUUGCAAUAAAUUAAAGAUGCAGUGAAAAUUAGAAAUUGAUUAUAAUAUGAGAAAUUAAUUUUGAGUAAGUGUCAAAUGAAUGAUGUCGUUUUCAUCAAUCAAAAGUGUAAUCUGAUGUUCGUCUUAUCUAGAUAAAUAAAUAUAAUGACAAUAUACAUUUUUUGGUUUAAAAAAAAGAUUCACCAGAAAAAUACAAAGGAGUGUUGUUUUUAAUGCAUGUGUUUGAGAUUAGCACUGGAAAUGGAGAAUUGUAACAUCUGGUUAGACUAAUUUUAUAAUUUGUCAAUCAACCCGCAAAAUUCCAGACUCUUGAACUCUUGAUCUCUCGAAUAUUUUCUGUGGUCCUGUGGAUUUUGAGGCAUUCAAAGUUACCUGUACCUAGUCAUUUGUGCCAAAUAUUAAUAGCGAUUCUCUGUAACCACUUAAACUUCUUUGCCACGCAUGGUCACCGAUUUGGAUGAAACUUUGCCCAUUAUAACAACUUGACACCAGAAACAUAUAUCAAAUAAAAUUUCGUUGCUUUGUGUCUUGGUUGCCAUGGUAACAGCCAGAAAAGUUGAAAAAAUUGAGAUUUUCAGCUACUUUGAAUCUUUAUUACACCUAAAUAAAGACCAAGAAAAACAAACAAACCAUUCUCCCAAAAACAUGACACCUUGUUGCCACUUAUGCUAUAGAGAAACUAUUAAGAAUUUAUCUGUUUGUAAGUGGUAACCAUGGGUACAUUUGGAAUACAUUUUAGAUGCUGAAAAAUGCUGAAAAACGCUCAAUAUUCACAAAUGAUGGAUG